AUGGGUGGCUCGAAUUCUGGUGGUGUUGACCCACUCUUAGUCGGGGCUCUCGGGGCCCUUUCUGGUUUCUUUUUCGUGUGUGUUAUCCACUGCAUAGCAGCUAACUGUCUUCGCAAUACUGAUCAAGCCCUUACCGAGCCGGCUAGACCAACAAAUGUGCACCAACGUCCAAGAAUCCGGGUUAACCGUGAAUCCAACUACAUGUUAUCCCUCCCAGUUAGUAUUGGUGGCUCAGGUUCAAAUGGUUUGAGCUCGAUUGGUUUGUCGACCUUGUUGGCCGUUCAUAAGUACACUAAAGAGUUUAAAGAAGGGACGUGUGCGGUUUGUUUGGGCGAGUUUGAAGAAGACGAAGACGUUAGGAUCAUGCCGGAAUGUGCACAUGUUUUUCAUGUUUCAUGUAUCGAUAUGUGGCUGUUUUCGCACAAUAAUUGUCCGCUUUGUCGGGCUAAUGCGACUCCUCGGACACAUGGUGUACUUUUGUCGAUCUUAACAUCGAGGACGGUUGAGUGA